UUUUAUUUUGAGGAGAGAAACCAUACGUAAAUGGAAUCACAACAAAUGUGAAAACCAUGCCAUUUCCGGGUUUGACAGUUCGCGUGCAUAGCCAAGGGAAGCGAAUUCGCAGUAGAAAGGAGUGCUUUGGUUUGUCGGGAGACAUUUUAUCCAUUCUGAUAUUGGAUAAUGGAAACUGGAAAUGCCCAACAAAAAUUAACCGAGAGAGCAACAACAGAAGAGUAUCACAUAAUUGCUAACUUGGGGAGAAACUCGACCAGCGGUAGUCGAGAUGCGGCGUUUUCGCAAAGCUGCGGUGAAGUGGGAAAACUGCGAGAUGAACUCGAACACGAAUAUUUGAAUAUUGUGAACAGCGCAACAAAUGAAGAUAGAAAUUCAAACAUCAAUAUAGCGGAUGAUAAUAAACAUGAGCAAUCUGAUGACGAACUCGACUUCAUAUUGCCCUCUCCACCGGUAGAGUCUCCGGAACCAAGUAAAGAUUCUAACGCGACGAACAACGGACUCGACCAAUUCAAGUGUCCUGAUCAGGCAAAAUCUACCCACGAUAAACUAGAUGGUCGACUGCCUCACCCACCAUCAACUUCGAAUUCUGGAAAUGAUGAUCAAGAACAAACUGAUGUCUUGGAAAGGCCGAGAAUUCGAAAUGAAUUGUCUAAUGAUCAGCUUCGAGCGAAUGUUUUUAAACAACCGGCCGGAUCACUGGGUCCGUGUUACGGACCUUUACCGGACGAUCAAACUAAUCGCACUACUGAAAAUAUCAAUACAGCCUCAUCGAACCUGUCAGAGAGAGAUAGUUAUAUGUGGAGUUUAGGGAGCACAGGCCUUCCUUCAAUGCUGGCUCUUAAUGACGGAGGAGAAAGACUUCUCUGGCCUGCGGAGGUAUGUUUCCUAAUUAGCAAUCUUAGUUCAUUUGAUUAUUCUGAAAAAUGUUUGAAAUUCAAAUUGAUACCUUAAUUCACGUUCAUUUUGCCUUUUUUCAAUAUAUGUACAGCAAUUUCUGAUGCUUAUGAAUGUGGCUGUGCCUCAUUUGCGUCAUGAUAGUUCCACUGUUAUAUAGCCAAAUAUGCCCAUCUAAUGUUUAAAAAACAAAAGCAGAUCCUGAGUCAAAAAUCUAAUUGAUUAGUUAAAUAAUUAUAGUAUAAUUAUUAUCGAAAUGGUAUAUGCCGUAUAAUUUUGUUGUUUCCGUUCAUAUUUUAUAUAAUUUGUUGGAGUUAUAAAAACCUUUAUUGUAACUAGACCAAGGCCUCCCUUUGGAGAGUAAGGCGCAAUAAAGAUAUACUAUACUAUAUACUGAAUGGUUGCAGUCGAGUCAAACGUCAAGGUUGAAUGAUUUUAAAAAUAACGAUUAUUGUUUUGUUUUGUUUUGUUUUUUUAAUACAGUCCGCGCGAGUUCGUCGAGAAAGUUGGGACGAGAGCAAAAAAAAAAGAAGGCUCUACCUUUCGCGCAAUAACUAGAUUGGAAACGCUCGCUACGCAGGCUACUGCUAGUUUCCACAACGUAGACUGCGUAGAGUUCUAACUCAGUACGAGUCCGUUUAUAAUGAGAUUAUCGACACAAGAGCCGAGAAAGAGGGAUCACAUCAACCUUUCCAAAAUCCUCAAGCUUGGUUUUUUAUAGGGUCAAUAUUAAAUCAGACGAUAUACAGGCUUACGCGCAGGAGAGAAAUAUGCGUUUUUUUUAAAUAAAUCUUCGGUUACCAGAAUGAAUAACUGCCUCUUGGGUGUGUCAAGCCGAGAUAUCUGCAAAAUGCUAUAAGCUGCGUGCGGUUUCAAGCAUGCCAAAAACAUCAUGUUCCAGAAACUGAAAAAACAUAUAUGAAUUCACAUAAACUGAACUUAAUUUUGUUAUUAUUAUUUUUGGAUUUUUCGGUUGCAUAUACAGGAGGAAUUCCCUGAUCAUAAUGGAUUCGAAGAAAAUAGAGAUUACGUAUUGAGAGCGUCUAUAGGGAAGGGUGCUUUCGGAGAAUGCUUCGUGGCUUCCGAACUUCCUUAUGAUAAGGAGAGAGAAUUCUGCGUCAAAAAGGUAACGUUUCGUUUGUUUCGCACUUUGCCCUUGUUGUGUAGUACAUAUCACAGACUGAACAUUGCUUAGUGAAUGCUGUAAUUUGAGAUUUAUCAAUCAUGCGUGUUUACAGGCUGUGGAUUGAGACCUCUGAAUUAAAACUAGGAAUGAAUUUGCAUUGACCUGAGUUGACUCAACUUCGACGUUGUUUUUUUCGGAUAACUGUAUGGAGCAGUAGCGAAAGAGAAGGGAGGCAGGAAAGUAUUUGUUUUAAGUCCAGAGAGGUACCGAGUAACGCCCAAAAAAUGCCGUAGUCGACUUAGCGGACAUGGUGAUCGGCAUCAUAUAUAUAUUACCCAUUCCCCGGUGUUAUGGCACUAAUGUAAACUAGGAAGAUCGACUAGGGCCUCGCCGCUCGCAGGAUACUAGCUAGAGGGAGGGUUUUGAGUUAGCUAAGUUGAGGAAAUGUGAUAUCUAAACGUUGCAAUCUGAAAGUCAGUGGCGUUAUUUCCUUCUCCCUCCAAUAUAAAUCUGACUGUUAUAUGUAACUGAACUAUAGUCCACAGUAGGUUAAAAAAGUAUUACAAUACUUGCCUAACUUACGGUCUAUUGGUUUUAUAUUUCUGUUGUUCUUCGUCUUAAAAAAAGUGCCAGCUGAAGGAUAUAAAUGAGCUACUGGUUUUAACACUGGCAAGAAAGGAAAGUGUCGCAGAAAUUGUGCAGUUUUAUGGUGCGAAAUUAAAAGGCAAAAGUGCUUCUAUUUUUAUGGAGUUAAUGGAAGGUGAGAGACUUUUAAAAAUUGUUUCAAAGUUGAAAUUGUCGUUAGUCUCUGUAUAAAAGGAGAAAGCCUCCCUUUUUGACCUUUUUAUUAGUUCUUAGAAGGAUAAGAAGUAUUCCGUUUAAACUACGAUUAGUUAACAUUAAUUGACUAACUUAAUAUAUAAUACCUGAAAAAAUUGCUCGCAUAGCCAGUAACUGUUCAGGUUCAAAACGAACCCAUUUCUGAAGAGGUUUUCCUUGUUUCUGGCAUAGUUUUUCACGUUCUCUUUCACUUGAUUUUUCCGGAUUUUUCCUAACAUGAAAUCCUUUUUUAGGUGGAACCACAGCCGAGCUUGUCGAAGAAAAAAAGGAGGAAAACGCCAAAGCUGUUGGUGUUGUUUCUUCGCCAGUAAUUCCAGAGAUAAACUGUCUUUGGUACUCAGGAGAUGUCUUGAGAGCGUUAGAUUUCUUACACAAGAAAGGGAUUGUUCAUAGGGAUGUCAAAGGUAACAAUCAAUUCAGUACGGACAGUUUAAGGCUCGUGCGCUUAUGACCUGACUCCGUGCAUGGAGACUGUGUAAAUAGAAGCUGAGUUCUUUGUUUGGUGGACUGCUUCUGUUUCACAGAACAGAUCCGUAGCCGGUUGUUAGGUCAUUUGAAACCCUUUGGAAAGUUGACAGACUACCGCUUCUAUACUUUGAGGGUAAAAUUUGAAUCACCCUUUUAAAAUGAAAGGACAAGCCCAGGGGACAAGCCGCACGCGCACGUAAAGUAAUUCCAUCGUGUUUGUUUGUUUAUUCAGUUUGUUGGAUUUGUUUUGUUUUUGUUUGUUGUUUUUUGUUUUUUGUGUGUUACAAUGUAGAACUUUUGAAAUUACCUUUAUCCUGAUCUCAAUACAUCUGUCUCACUAUAUUUAAAGAGAAAUAUAUAGAUUUAGCCAAGGCCAAAUGCGAAGUUUUCUUGGGAUCUUAGUUCAGCAGGAUUCAAUUUUUGCCGUAAGCAAGAACCAAACUAAAUUCUUCCUGUAAAAAAUGGACCUAUGAGCCUGUGAUCAAUUAAACCGAUAACUGGUUAGCGGAUAACUUUAAAAAGACGUCACCUCAAUCAGUUGUACAUUUAAGCGCGCGAUACAGUCAUGUGACACUGAUCAGCGGAUACCCUUUUUUGAUCGGUGUCAUUUGACCAUAAGUUGGAUGUUCGCUAUGAGGGUGCGGACGUUGGGUACAGACGGGCGAUUUUUGUCCAAAAUUUCUUGGGUGCAUAAAUAACCAAAUUUUUUUACUAAUUUUUUGACCUCUCAUUACGUAACCGAAAAAGUUGGCAAAGCUUUGUGGAAGGUAUCGCUGAGCAUUAUUCUGACCUGUUCUUGUGAUUGUUUAAUCUAGGGUCAAAUGUACUGUUACCCGAAGACCGCCGCAGUGCCAAACUAGCAGAUUUCGGAUCAGCUGGAAAUCGCAAAGUACGUAAAAAAAAGUCGUUCGUGAAAUAGCCAAACAUCACUCCAUGUAAGAGGAUCCAACAUAGUCCUGGAUUCUGGAUUCCAGGCUGUGGAUUCCGGAUUCCAGGUACUGGAUUUCAGUCUUUGUCAGUGGAAUUUAGAUUCCGGAUUCCAAUCGUUAGUGGGAUUCCGGGUUCCUUGCGCUGUAUUCCAUCAGUUCCGCAAGAAAAAAUUCCUCGGAUUCCGGGUUCCGCAAGUAAACAGUUUCCAGGAAAAAAAAGUUUUACUGGGACGACAAAUAUGAAACAAUUCAAGGCAAUAAGUUAAUACGUGGUUCAUCAUACAGCGUGAAGCAACAUAUCUCAUUUAUAACCGGCUUUUGGCGACGUUUUUAGAACGCUUAACUACCACUCUCUCACUUAAAAUACCAUUGAGUGGUUACAAUUAUAUAUUUGCAAGAGAAACACUCGUUUGUGGUCUGUCCUUUUCAAUUUGAUUGUAUUAGUUGAAUAAACAAUUACCAAAUUAUUUUUUACCUUUUCUCCCCUUUUGCCCUUAGAAUAUAGGUACCUUUAUUGACAUUUGGAAGAUUGGCUGUUUUUUCCUAGAAAUGUGGAACGGAGAAAGACCUUCCAGGCUUUUGGCUCUUACUGUAAGUGGUAAUAGCCUUCUUUAACUGAUUCAUACUUCCCUGUUCGGCUUACAAGGUUAGCUACUACCAAGAGAAUUUUAAGGGAGGUCAGCCAGCUUCAAGAUCUCUGGCCAACCUGUAUAUAUGCGCUAUUGCGCAUGACUAAACGUGAAGCAGCUCAUUGUACAUGGACAUGUGAGUCCAAGAUAGUGCGGUUGGAUAUCGGCAAAGGUCUAGGUUUAUUAAACAAAUUGAAAAAAAGAAACAACAACAACGGAGUCAGCCAUUCAAGUUUUUCUCGAGAAAAAAAAAAAACAAAGUAUAAAUCAGACAAAUAAAAACCUUUCACCUGAAACAACUAAUGAUUUUCGUUCAGUAUACGGUACACCGGGAAUCUUCCACUUCGCUAGUAGAAAGGUAUAUACUAGCUAACAGGUUGCUCCAAUGGCCAACCCUUUAAAUAAUGUUUCUUGUUCAUAACCUUCAAAAAGACGUUAGAAUUUGACGUUUGCUGUGCUGAGGAAUAAGGAGGAAGUCUUGAAUGUUAAUUGCUGAUUGACAUGUGUUGUAUGUUUAUACAUGUUAAAAAAUUGUACAGAGAAAUUAAGAGUGAGUUGUUGUUAUUUUUUAGGAAGGAGGCAGUGUUCACCCUCAAAGGCAGACUUCAUGUAGGCCUGAAGAUCACAUCCCUUUGUCAGCAUCAAACGAAACUAAGGAAGUGUUACGUUUAUGCUUCGGAGUAAACAAUGAAGAACAUGGAAACCUGCCCAGCGCUGCUGAACUUUUGAAAAAGUUGGCAUCUUUCCCAGCGACACUUUCUAGAAAAGUCUAGUGGACGUUACACUCCUCUUUGGGAUUCUCUGUUCAGGCCACUGAAUAUAUACUAUAACGUUCCUAUAAAACAGUUAUUCCAUGCGAAGUACGAAGUAUGUUUUCCCUUGGACACGAAAUGGCUAUCUGAACCGCGGCUGAUAAAAAUAUUUGUACUUGCUUUCCUGGAAGGAGUAAUGCAAAAAAUUAAUUAUGACAUGUUCCCAAAAAAGAGGAUUUAAUUUCAUUUCUUAUAAAGGUGUCGAACGCCUUCUUUGCUCGAGAUUAACCACUUAUAAUUACUAUGGCAAAAUUUUCAAUUUGAAUUUUUCAAACUUCUCUCUUUGCAUUGGAAAUCAAUUUUUCUUGGCAGAGGGCUACACCUAGAGAAACUGCGAGUAUACAACUGUCCGUGGCCGGUUUGAUAUACACGCGAAUGUACAGCCUCACAAUGACAUUGGCAGGUAAACAUCAAUCUGUUGUCACGUUUGAAAUAAAAGAAAGAAAACAAGUGAAAAAAAAGGUAAAUAAUAAAACGAAAUAGAGGGACGCAAAAGCUAUCUAAUCUAAGCUAGAGAGUCUCUUUCAAGCUGCUUUAUUAAUCUUAGGCAAUGCCCCAUGCUAGUCAGUCAUUUGUGAGGUCGGCGUAAUUAAACAAUGCAAGGCCCUUAUCACUUCAUAAGAAAUUUAUGUUCAGGGAUGAUCCAAAACGGCCUAAGAACUACCAUCUGUUGAGUUUCUACCCGAACUAGCGUCAUCAGUUGACGUAUUGUAUGAACGGGUUCAGUUUCUGUACUUUAGUUUGAAGGUCUAGUUUACUUUAGAAGUUCUAAUGAAUUUACACAGCACAAAAAU